UUUGCAGGACAAUCAAAUUACUACAGUGCAACAAGGAGCGUUUCAAAACUUAGAAGUUCUAUUCUCAAUAUAUUUGCAGGACAAUGAAAUUACUUUAAUAGAACAAGGAGCGUUUCAAAACUUAUCCAAUCUCGGCAAAAUAUAUUUGCAGGACAAUGCAAUUACUACAAUAGAACAAGGAGCGUUUCAAAACUUAAGAGGUCUCUACAUGAUAUAUUUGCAGAACAAUCUUAUCACUACGGUAAAUGGAACGCUUCAAGGUUUAACAUCACUCAGUUAUGUAUAUUUGCAGAACAAUCUUAUCACUACGGUAAAUGGAACGUUUGAAGGUUUAACAUCACUCAGAUAUUUAUAUUUGGAGAACAAUCUUAUCACUACGGUAAAUGGAACGUUUGAAGGUUUAACAUCACUCAGAUAUUUAUAUUUGGAGAACAAUCAAAUUACUACAAUACAACACGGAUCGUUUCAAGGAUUAACAUCGCUCUACACUCUACAUUUGGAGAACAAUCAAGUUACUACAAUACAACACGGAUCGUUUCAAGGAUUAACAUAUCUCUACACUCUGUAUUUGGAGAACAAUCAAAUUACUACAAUACAAAACGGAUCGUUUCAAGGAUUAACAUAUCUCUACACUCUACACUUGCAGAACAAUCAAAUCACUACAAUACAGCAGGGAUCGUUCAAAGAUCUACCAUCGCUUGGAAAACUACAUCUGGAAUACAACAACAUAUCUGUGAUUGAAAAUAACGCUUUUAUAGAUAUGUCUACAGGACUAAUUUUAUAUCUUGAUGGAAAUAAUAUUGAUGGUAUUGACGGAGGAAUAUUUGGAGAACAGAAAACACUUCAAGAAAUAAGUCUGCAGAACAAUAGUUUUAAAACAGUGAAACAAGAAACCUUUGCAGGUUAUUAUACAGUAAAUAAGAUGUCUUUGCAAUUAUGCAGCAUAGAGAUGUUAGAAAUAGGAGCUUUCCGCGAAGUGAAAGACAUUUAUAUCAUGCACCUCGAGGACAACAAGUUAACAGAAAUCAAGAUUGGUAUUUUUUUAUACCAGUAUCUACCGUUUUUGACGGAAUUGAAACUUAGUAGAAACCAACUUACAUUUUUAAAAGAAAAAACAUUUGACAACCUGCAGAACCUAAAAUACUUAUACCUUGAUAAAAAUGAAAUAGGGCACAUAGAAAAGGACGCAUUUGAAAACUUAGUCAGAUUGGAACUUUUAGAUUUAAAGAAUAACAACUUUGCAGUCAUUGAGAGCUCAAUGUUUAGAGGAAUUCGUAAUUGCCUUGAAAUAGAUUUGAGGGGAAACAAUUUGACCUUUGUCAAGAAUGAUACUUUUAGAUAUACCUUCGAUUUAAACACUCUGUAUCUUGAAUUAGUAUGUGAUUGCACAAACGUUCCUUUUUGGUCCUGGUGGAAAUCAUCUUCGAAUUUUGGCAGUGUAACCUGUUUGGAUCGGAAUAAUUUUCGUCUGUCUAGUCUUCAAACAAGCGUUUUUGAUAAUUGCACCUGUACAUGCUACAAAUCUUGCUUUCAUGACUUCUGUUCAAAUGGUGGAUCUUGUAGUCAAAAUAGUUAUGGUGAUUUAAUAUGCUCGUGUGUUGGAAACUGGACCGGUGGUACAUGCACAGAGACGUCCUGUCCUCCUGACUACUGUUCAAAUGGAGGAUCUUGCAGUACAAACAGUUAUGGUGAUUUAAUAUGCUUGUGUAAUGGACACUGGACUGGUGCUACAUGUACAGAUUCACCAAAUCUUUGUGAAGAAAAUAUGGACAACUUUCAUACUAAUUGGAGUAUAACAACAGAAAGCACAUUAGCUAUCUUAGCCUGUACUGGUGAAUACACGGGUAAUGUUUCAAGAUACUGCAGUAGCGAUGGAAAGUGGGAGAAACCGAACUAUAGCAAUUGUAUAAGUAAAUCAAUACAACAUAUAAAAGAACAGACAGCUGAACUAUCGUCGGGAGCCAGUGACUAUAAUAAUGUGACGAUUAUCCUGAAAGAUCUAGAAAACAUAACAAGAAAUAAUAAUGAAUUACGGUCAGGUGAUCUGUUCACGUCAUCAUCAAUACUGAAUGAUAUUGCCAAGUAUGUUACGAACCACACAGACACACUUUCAGUUGAUCAACUAGAGAUUUUUGCCUCGCUAUGCAACAAUUUACUAGAUGAAAGAAACCGUCAGCCAUGGGAAGAACUUAUCGACGAGGGUUCAGGCGGUGUAACUUCACUUGUGAAUGCAGUUACAGGGUUUAAUGAUGCAUUUAAUGAUGUUAUUGACAGUAAUUUCUCCCUGGUCGCUGUAAAGGAAAAUGUUGUAAUGGAAGUAGGGAAGGCUAGUUCGGAUGAGAUAACUGUUCCUGAUCGCUUGAAAACAUCCGACUCGUGGAUAUCAGAUUCAGGAACGGAAAUUAAACUGAAACUGAAACAGAACAUAUGUGGCGGUUUAACGGGAUAUAGUAGCACAUUUUAUAGAAAUGUUUCAAGGUUAUUUCCGGAGUAUCUAGUACUAAAUGGGAAAAUAGAGUCAUUUAAUGGUAGUUAUGAUGUUAAUUCUAUCAUAGCUGAUUUUACGAUCCAUGGAACGUCUUGUUCGGAUUAUUCCUUAAUUAUAAGAUUCGAUCACCUUUUGGGAAAGUACACUAGACCAUUUUGUGGACAUUGGGAUUUCAAUGCUACGAAUACUAGAAAUGGAGCGUGGUCGUCCUUUGGUUCACGAGUUGUUGAUGCUGCUGACUCUUACACGAUAUGUGAAUAUAAUCACACAACUAAUUUUGCCAUAUUGAUGAGCCCAGGAAAGACACCAUUGCCUCACCACUUUCCACUGAGUCUUAUAUCAGCUAUCGGAUGUGGAGUGUCAAUUUUAUUUCUGGUCAUCACAAUUAUCAUUCAUGUUGUAUUUUGGAGAGAUGUGAGCAGAGACAUGAGCAGAAAUAUGAUCAGUGAUGUGAGCGCUGAUGGACCAAAAACACUAAUGAACUUAUGUGUGGCAUUAAUUCUGUCGUAUGUCAUAUUCUUAGCUGGUAUAACACAAACAGAAAAUGAAAUUGUAUGUUCAGUGAUUGCAAUUGCUUUGCACUAUAUGUUCCUCACAGACUUUGCUCUGAUGCUGGCUGAGGGUAUUAUUUAUGUGAAAAUGGUAGUGUUUAUGUUCAACCAAAAUUCCGUAGUUCAUUUGCUAAUACCAGCAUGUUGGAUUGUGCCUGCUGGUAUAGUUGGAAUUUCUGCUGGUGUGACUAAACUUAAAGGAUAUGGCAAUCAACAGUUUUGUUGGUUAACCCCUGAAACAAACCUCAUCUGGGCGUUCAUUGGACCAGCAUUAUUUGUAAUUCUGAUUAAUGUUAUUGUCAUCAUUAUUGUUCUGUAUAAAACGAUGACCGUUCAAGCUGUAGCUGCGAAAACACCUAAAGAGAAAUCUAAGAUUGGUUUAAAAGGAAUCCGUGUCAUGUUACCGUUGUUUGGAGUUAUGUGGAUACUAGGAACAUUUUCUUUGAAUGAUGAUCUAGUCAUGUUCCAAUACCUAUUUGCAAUUUUCAACUCCCUCCAGGGUCUCUUUAUAUUUGUGUUCAACUGCUGCUUGACUGACAAGGUCAGGAAAGGUUACCGGGAGUACCAGAGACGACGCGCGAAUCGCAUGGAUUUAAAACUAUCUACUGAGUGUACUACAAAUGACAAUCCGAAAACAGCGGAUGAACGACAAAAUCCGUGCACAGAAGAAAUAGACGAGAGAAUAUAACAAUAAAUGUCAAAGCAACCUUGUGCAGUGUAAACUAUUUUUUUAUCAUAAGUAUACCAAUUCAGCUUACUUGCAUUAUUGUUAAUAAGAUGUCUUAAUUUAUUACCGAUUGGACAUAGAAAUGAAAUGUGUCAGACAUUUUGGUGAAGUUUAGCUUUUUACUAUUUUUUUUACUAAUGUUAAUAUACUUAUACCAAUAUAUGUUUUUCCUAAUCAUAGGGCUGAUUACAAUCAUAUUUAUCAAAUAACAGAUACAGACAAUACAGUAUGUAUAUAUGUAUAUACUUAUAAUAACAUGUUGUAAAUAUCAAUUGUAUCCCUUACCUUUAUUAUAUUAGUAACGGUUUAAUAAUUUUUUUAAAUAAAAUAUGUACUUUGAUAUA